AUGCAAGCUGAUUGGAGCAACGAAUCAAUCAUUAAGUUCUUAGAACUUUAUGAGACUGAAAAAGUGAUAUGGGAUCCUAAACACAAAAAUCAUAAAUUAAAGCAUAAAGUGCAUGAUUCUUGGAAAAAAAUUAGUUUAAGUAUGGAUAACAUUUCCAUUGAGGAAUUAAAAGCCAAAAAAAAGUCACUUAUGGCUACAUUUAGGCCUUUAUUAAAAAAGAAAAGAGCGUCCAUUAAAUCUGGAGCGGGCACUGACGUGUAUCAGCCAAUAUGGUUUGCGUAUGAAAUUAUGGAGAGAUUUUUGGGAAAAAAUUAUGAAGUCGAAGAGACGAUAAAUACUGAAGACGAGGUGAGUUAA